GCUGAGAUAUCGCUGUGCGACCUGUGAACAAAAUGAAGAACCAGCUUUUCUGAGCACAACGCUGACAGACCAACCAAGCAAAACACUGAAGUGAGAAACUGCGCUGAGGAGACUUUACAAGACCAUUUAAAAGUGUACUGACACGGUGCAGUUUCUUAUAUUUGGACAUAGUUUAACUAACAGACACAAUGAUGAUGGAUCUUGAGAGUCAGUUUCUUGAAGAAGGAGUGCUGCCCUUACCAGAGGUGAUAGUGUCGAGGAGGAAGGCCAGCUCCUCAAAGUCAGGCGUCUGGCGGGUGUGUGGGGUCCUGCUGGCUGUGGCCCUGUGUGCCGCCGCUGCUGUCUGCUUCACGCUCAACAAGUCUCAGAACAAUCAGGAAGGUGGAAAUGAGCAAAGGCUCACAUUAAGAGAUAAUCUUUCAAAAGAAAAUGUCCCUUCCAAGGUUGCCAUCCAUUUAUCAGGUGCAUAUGACCCUGACGUGUCUAAGGACAACCUAGAUUGGAAACAGAACCAGGACCGGGCUUUUGUUUCAGGUGGCUUGAAAUUAGUGGACAGCGAGAUCAUCAUUCCUAACGACGGCAUUUACUUCGUCUACAGCCAGGUGUCUUUCCACAUCAGCUGCAAGAAUGACAUGACUGAGAACCACAAAGUCGUGCAUAUGAGCCACGCAGUGUUCCACUACUCUGAGUCCUUCGGCAGCUACAAGCAGCUUUUCAGCGCAAUCCGCUCCGUCUGUGUGCACGCGUCCAACACUGAAGAGCUGUUGUACAACACCAUUUACCUCGGUGCGGCCUUCAACCUGCAAGCUGGAGACAAACUGCGCACCAAAACCACCACAGAACUCCUGCCCAACGUCGAAAACGAUAACGGAAAGACCUUCUUUGGGGUGUUUGCUUUAUGAUAUGCACUCU